UGUAAGUGUUACCUUGUACGUUGAACCAACUGUCUAUUAGUUCACAAAUAGAGCUCGGGAGCAACUUUCCAGCCUGCAUGGCUAUAUGAAAUGCUGUAGUUUACCGGUGCCUUUUAAUUGGGAAACAUGCUUUAAUCAACAAAACAUCUAAACAUUUUAAAAGCUACAACUGAUGUAUUUUCAGUAUAUAAGUGAUUUAUAAUGUUUAAACAAUGUGCAUAAUAAAUUCCACAUGUCUACAGUUAUUUGUUUCUUGUGUGUCAGACAUAUUAUCAGUAUUAUUAUCUCUUUCUCAGUUGUAAUAUCUGCCAGCCUUCCACUUCUUUGAAGACAAAUAUUUUCAUCUGAAGAACUGGUACACAUUGUUUCAGUGUAGUGGGGAGGAGAUGUGCGGUGAGGGGAGGCGGAGUAUCAUCCACUCUGCAAUAACAUGUUGGAUGCUGGCAGAAAAACACUUCAGUAACUCGUCAGACGAACGGAUCAUUUCAUCCCACUUGCAGGUGUUAGAUUCCUGGAGGACAUACAGUGAAGCCAUGGUUCACCUGGCGAUAGCGUUGUUGGUAUUGUUUUCCCUCCAGAGAUCAGCACUCUCCUCCCAAAAUGGCUCAGCGCUCUUCCCACGGACGUUCGCUGGUCACUUUGAAACAGUCACAGAUGAAUACAUUGACCAGUCCGUGUUGGACAGUUUGAGGGAUGACGAGGGGUCUGGCUCCGGGUCGGAGCAGGAGCCGGUGAAAAGACACAGUCCCCACCGCCACCCCAAGAAGCACUAUGUUGUCUCGGAGGAAACUAAAGGUUUCCUCCAGGGUCGCCUGGCAACGAGGUUUGUUCCCACCAUUUACACCCUCGUCUUCGUCGUCAGUGUGCCCCUCAACCUUGUAGCCGUGGUGAUGUUCAUGCAUCACGUCCGUCCCAGGAAACCGGCGGUGAUUUACAUGCUGAACCUGGCAUGUGCUGACCUGCUGUUCGGCCUGCUCCUUCCCUUCAAGAUCGCCUACCAUUAUCAUGGCAACAACUGGAUCUACGGCUCCUUCAUGUGCAGAGUUGUCACAGCAGCUUUCUACUGCAACAUGUAUUGCUCAGUCCUGCUCAUGACGUGUAUCAGCAUUGACCGUUUCCUGGCGGUGGUUUACCCCAUGAACUCGCUGACGUGGCGCAGCCCUCAGACAGCUUCAGCCGUGUGCGCUGGCAUGUGGCUGUUGGCCCUCGGGGGAGUAUCCCCUCUCCUCAUCUCUGGGCAAACCAUGUAUUUGUCAGACUUGGGCAUCACCACCUGCCAUGAUGUGCAGGAUGUGGAAAAACUACAAGCUUACUAUCUUUACUUCUUCCCCAUCUACUCAUCCGUCUUCUUCUUCAUCCCUCUCAUCUUCACUGCCGUUUGUUAUGUCCGUAUUAUUCAGGCUCUGGCAGCAGCCAAUGUGGAGAACCGCUUCAGGAAGACUCGAGCCAUGGUGAUGGCUGCGGUCGUGCUGGUGGUGUUUGUGGUCUGCUUCACCCCCACCAACAUCAUCCUGAUGGUUCACUACGUUCAGCUGUCCCACAAGUCCAGUGACAGCUCCUACCAAGCCUACCUGCUCUCUAUGUGUGUAGGAAGCCUCAGCUGCUGCUUGGAUCCAGUCCUGUAUUACUUUGCCUCCUCUCAGUGCCAGAAGCAGGUGGCAGCGCUGCUCGGAUGUCGGCGACUGGCACAAGCGAAGAGCAUCUCAGGAACACAGAGUACAAGCACCAGCGAGCGGAGAGACAGCAGCAGGUCAUGCAAGAUGGAGAGCAUUCAAACUGGCCUGGGGAGCCAUUACAGCAGGCUGGUGGCUUAACUCCAUGGGAUGCUUGCUUCUAAGACACUUUUCAAACCUGUACUUACAGUAUAAUAUAUCAGAGUCCAUGUAUGUAAACAAUCUAAAUGCUUGGGUUGGAUGACAAGAGUGUGUCCAGUGCCUGGUAGUGCUGGACAUAUGUCCACUUAAAUUAGCUUAUUGGAUAACCAAUUAGCUUUUUGUUCUUUUGCCAUCACAAAAUAUAUCCACCGGUAUGACAGUGUUUGAUAUGUUUGUUUCAUUUCACAGAGAGCAUAUCACAACAUGUUCUGCCAUUCUUUUCAUAUUUUUGUUUCAUAUUCUUGUUUUCAGUGAAUCAUAGGAUAUACACAGUUAAUAAUAAUAGAGUUUUAAUCUGAAAGACAUUACAAGUUAUGUAGUAGCUGCAUUAUUGUUCGACAAAAAUCUGCUAUAGGUUUUGAUAAGUAUACAUGUGUAUAUGUAAAAUAAGUAAUCAAUUGAACUGCACUGGCAUUCAUAACAUAUAUAUAUAAUUCAAUCCUAAUACAAAACUACAUUAUACAUAUUUUGCUUAAUACUUAUGUUGCUGUAUCUCCAUCUUUUUGUAUUGCUGCUCACUUUGUACUCUCUUUGUCAUCGGGGCAGAGCUCUGAAACAAAACAUAAAAACAAAAACUUUAAGAGAAGAUGGCAAACAUUUCCUCAGCAUCAUGGAAAAUAUUGGCAGCAUUUCCAUUUCCUCACCAUGUGCAUUGUACUUCAUGCACUUCAAGUUUGCUGAACAAAAAAAACUGUGUAAUCGUAUCUCAAUUUUGCAUUUUACAGUAAAACAUCUCCAUCUUGUGGCAAGUUGUGUGUGAGUUGCAGUGUCCAGUUAAGCACAGUUUUGUUUUUAGCGACAGUCAUUAAAGUUUACUGAAGACUCA